UCGGCUGCUUUAAGGGGUUUUGCGUUUCCAUUGUUAUUUAGCCUAUUAGGGUGUGGAAAAGGAAGAAAGGGAGGGGAGUUUCCUUCUUCAGCUUGCUUGCUUGCUGCGUUUCCUUUCUCAGAGCGAAGUUUUGAUCGGGUCUUCAUCGAUGGCAGGUGAAAAGGUUGACAAAAAAGUCCCUAUUGAAGAAAAUGGGACUAAAGAAGAAAAUGGUACUUCAGAACCUUCAAUAAGCAAUGAAAAUGAUGAGUCUUCUGAGAUUUCUUCUACCAUACAAAAGGACGGAGAUGAAGGGAAAGAAGUUUCAAAGAAGAAAAAGAAGAAAAAUAAAAGCAAGAAAAAGAAGGAAUUGCUCCAGCAGACUGAUCCACCCUCUAUUCCUGUUAUUGAGCUUUUUCCAUCUGGGGAGUUUCCUGAGGGUGAAAUUCAACAAUAUAAAGAUGAUAAUUUAUGGAGGACUACAUCUGAGGAGAAGAGAGAGUUGGAGCGUCUUGAAAAGCCCAUAUACAAUUCUGUUCGGCAAGCAGCAGAAGUUCAUCGACAGGUUAGGAAGUACAUUAAAGGCAUAUUGAAGCCUGGAAUGUUAAUGACCGACUUAUGUGAGACCUUGGAGAAUACAGUUCGUAAGUUAAUAUCGGAGAAUGGUUUGCAAGCAGGCAUUGCGUUUCCUACUGGAUGCUCUCUGAACUGGGUUGCUGCUCAUUGGACCCCUAAUAGUGGAGAUAAGACUGUGCUUCAGUAUGAUGAUGUGAUGAAGUUAGAUUUUGGAACCCAUAUUGAUGGGUACAUAGUGGACUGUGCAUUUACAGUAGCAUUCAACCCUAUGUUUGACCCACUGCUUGAAGCCUCGCGAGAGGCAACCAACACGGGUAUCAAGGAAUCUGGGAUUGAUGUGCGACUUUGUGAUGUUGGUGCUGCCAUCCAAGAAGUCAUGGAAUCAUAUGAGGUUGAAAUUAAUGGGAAGGUGUUUCAAGUUAAAAGCAUACGGAACUUGAAUGGACACAGCAUUGGGCGUUAUCAGAUCCAUGCUGGAAAAUCCGUUCCGAUUGUUAAAGGAGGGGAGCAGACAAAAAUGGAGGAGGGUGAAUUCUUUGCAAUUGAAACAUUUGCAUCAACUGGAAAAGGCUAUGUGAGGGAAGAUCUAGAGUGCAGUCAUUACAUGAAAAAUUUUGAUGCUGGACAUAUCCCAUUGAGGUUGCCUAGAGCGAAGCAACUUUUAGCAACAAUCAACAAGAACUUCUCCACAUUGGCCUUUUGUAGACGGUAUUUAGACCGCCUAGGGGAGACUAAAUAUUUGAUGGCACUAAAGAAUUUGUGCGACUCUGGAAUAGUUCAGCCAUAUCCUCCUCUAUGCGAUAUUAAGGGCAGUUAUGUAUCCCAGUUUGAGCAUACUAUCUUGCUACGGCCAACAUGCAAGGAAGUUAUAUCGAGAGGAGACGAUUACUAGUUUCUGGGCAAGUUUAAAUUUUUCUUGAUGAGUGCCUGUUUGUUCGUCGCACCACCAGGAAUAUAAAAGAUUUGAAUCUAAUAUUUCUCUUUGAUGUCUGUUUUGUAACUGUUGUUUUCUAGCUAGAAGUUGAGAUUUCAGUAGAAAGAAAAAAAAAAUGGAACUGUUAUUUUAUAUCACUGUAAACACAAGGGAUGAUUGUGCCAGAGAGUAUUAUGUAGAGGCUAGCUUCCCUUGGCUAUCUUUCUGAUGAAAGUUGCUUGGAGUUGGAUGUGGUCACGGUCCAGAUCGAAAUUGAUCCGGAUCAAUCUAUUUUCAUAAUCGAAAACAGGUAGAAAAUGAUCGUAUAGAAUUUGAACUGGUAGGUCCAGUUUUCAGACAAAA